AUGCCUGGUGGAUGGGAUCGCUGGGAAGUGGACUGCUACCGCUGUGAGGGAGUGUUUUCGGUCAUCAAGAGUUAUACAUGGGAAGCUGUUGAUACCAAAAAUAAUAUACUUUAUAAAAUCAACGUCUGUGGAAAUGGUGCUCUUCCCCAGUGUGGGCCAUCGAGUGCCGUUUGCAUGCAUGACUUGAAGAAAAACAGCUACCGUUCAGUGGGUGACUCUCUUUUGAAAAGUGUAACCAGAUCUCUUCUGGAAUUCAACACAACAGUGAACUGUGAGCAGCAAAGCGCCAAUCACAGAGUCCAGAGUAGCAUCACCUUCCUGUGUGGGAAAACCCUGGGAACUCCUGAAUUUGUAACAGCAACAGAAUGUGUGCAUUACUUUGAGUGGAAGACCACUGCAGCCUGCAAGAAAGACAUAUUUAAAGCUAAUAAAGAGGUGCCAUGCUAUGCAUUUGAUGAGGAGCUGAGGAAGCACGAUUUAAAUCCCCUGAUCAAGAUGAGUGGUGGCUACUUGGUGGAUGACUCUGAUCCGGACACGUCUCUAUUUAUCAACGUUUGUAGAGACAUAGACUCACUGCGGGACUCCAGUCCACAGUUGCGUGGCUGUCCCUCUGGCACUGCUGCCUGCCUGGUAAGAGGAGACCAGGCGUUUGAUGUUGGCCAGCCCAAGGAGGGUCUGAAGCUCGUGAGCAAGGACAGGCUUGUCCUGAGUUACAUGAAGGAAGAGGUAGGACAGCUAGACUUUUGUGAUGGUCACAGCCCAGCAGUAACUAUUACGUUUGUUUGCCCAUCACAGCGGAGAGAGGGUACCAUUCCCAAACUCACUGCUAAAUCCAAUUGCCGCUACGAAAUUGAGUGGAUUACUGAGUAUGCCUGCCACAGAGAUUACCUAGAAAGUAAAACCUGUUCUUUGAGCAGUGAGCAGCACGAUAUCACCGUUGACCUCCGCCCACUCGCCCAGGACAGAGGUUUGCACUAUACUUCGGAUGGAAAAGAAUAUCUUUUUUAUAUGAACGUCUGUGGGGAAACUGUAGCACAGAUCUGUAAUAAGAAAGAAGCUGCGGUUUGCCAAGUGGAAAAGAGCGAUUCCACUCAAGUCAAAGUAGCAGGAAGAUACCAGAACCAAACCCUGCGAUACUCUGACGGAGACCUCACCUUGAUAUAUUUUGGAGGCGAUGAAUGCAGCUCAGGCUUCCAGCGGAUGAGCGUCAUAAACUUUGAGUGCAAUAAAAAUGCAGGAAACAAUGGGACAGGGACUCCUGUAUUCACUGGAGAGGUGGAUUGCACCUACUUCUUCACCUGGGACACGAAGCACGCCUGCAUCAAAGAGAAGGAAGACCUCCUCUGCAGCGCCACCGACGGGAAGAAGCACUACGACCUGUCCAUGCUGGUUCGCCACUCAGAAUCGGAACAGAAUUGGGAAGCCGUGGAUGGCAGCGAGACAGAAACAGAAAAGAAGCAUUUUUUCAUUAACAUCUGUCACAGAGUGCUGCAGAAAGGCAAGGCCAUAGGCUGUCCUGAAGAUGCUGCUGUGUGUGCAGUAGAUAAGAACAGAAGUAAAAAUCUGGGAAAAUUUGUCUCUCCUCCCACAAAAGAGAAAGGAAACAUUCAACUCUCUUAUUCAGAUGGUGAUGUUUGUGGUGUGGACAAGAAAAUAAAAACUAAUAUCACACUUGUGUGCAAGCCAGGCGAUCUGGAAAGUGCUCCAGUACUGAUGACGUCUGGGGACAGUGGUUGCUUCUAUGAGUUUGAGUGGCACACAGCUGCCGCCUGCGUGCUGUCCAAGACGGAGGGAGACAAUUGUACGGUCUUUGAUGCCGAGGCAGGGUUUUCUUUUGAUUUGUCACCUCUCACAAAGAAAAAUGGUGCCUAUAAAGUUGAGACGACAAAGUAUGACUUUUACGUAAAUGUUUGUGGUGCGGUGUCUGUGGACUCCUGUCAGCCAGACUCAGGAGCCUGUCAGGUAGCAAAAAGUGAUAAGAAGACUUGGAACUUGGGACUGAGUAAUGCUAAGCUUUCAUAUUAUGAUGGGAUGAUCCAGUUGAACUACAAAGAUGGUACGCCCUAUAAUAAUGAAAAGCGCACACCCAGAGCCACACUUAUCACUUUUCUUUGUGAUCGAGACGCUGGAGUAGGUUUCCCUGAAUAUCAGGAAGAGGACAAUUCUACCUACAACUUCCGGUGGUACACCAGUUACGCCUGCCCCGAGGAGCCCCUGGAGUGUGUGGUGACUGACCCCUCCACGUUGGAGCAGUACGAUCUCUCCAGUCUAGCAAAAUCUGAAGGUGGUCGUGGAGGAAACUGGUAUUCCAUGGACCACUCUGGGCCACAUGUCACGUGGAGGAAAUACUACAUAAACGUGUGUCGGCCCCUGAACCCUGUGCCCGGCUGUGAUCGUAAUGCAUCGGCUUGCCAGAUGAGAUAUGAGAAAAACCAAAACACCCAUCCCAUCUUUUCUCUCAACUGGGAGUGUGUGGUCACUUUCCUGUGGAAUACAGAGGCUGCCUGUCCCAUCCAGACCAUGACUGACACAGACCAGGCUUGCUCUAUAAGAGAUCCCAACAGUGGAUUUGUAUUUAAUCUCAACCCACUAAACAGUUCUCAAGGAUACGUGGUCUCGGGCAUUGGGAAGACUUUCGUGCUGCCACAGCUAAUCCUCCCCACGCUGGUGGGACCUGAGCACCACCGAAUGCAGGGCAUGCAGAUGCGGGGCUGCACUGCUGAUGCUUUCAUCAUCCGCUUUGUUUGCAAUGAUGAUGUUUACCCAGGAACCUCAAAAUUCCUGCAUCAGUACAUCAGCUCUGGGCAGGGCAUCCGCAACACUUUCUUUGAGUUUGAAACUGCGUUAGCCUGUGUCCCUUCUCCAGUGGAUUGCCAAGUGACCGACCCAGCUGGAAACGAGUAUGAUCUCAGCGGCUUAAGCACAGUCAGGAAGCCUUGGACUGCUGUUGACACCUCAGAUGAUGGAAAAAAGAGGACUUUUUACCUGAGCGUCUGCAAUCCUCUGCCUUACAUUCCCGGCUGUGGUGGCAGUGCAGUGGGGUCCUGCUUGGUAUCAGAAGACAACAGCUGGAACCUGGGGGUGGUACAGAUCAGUCCACAAGCCGCGGCCAAUGGGUCCCUGAGUAUCGUGUAUGUCAAUGGAGACAAGUGUGGGAACCAGCGUUACUCCACCAGGAUAACGUUCGAGUGUUCUCAGAUAGCGGGAUCACCAACGUUUCAGCUCCUGGAUGACUGUGAGUACGUGUUUGUCUGGAGAACGGUGGAAGCCUGUCCUGUUGUCAGAGUGGAAGGAGACAAUUGCGAGGUUAAAGACCCACGGCACGGCAAUGUGUAUGACCUGAAGCCUCUGGCCCUCAAUGACACCGUCGUGCUUGCCGGCGAGUACACCUACUACUUCCGGGUCUGUGCGAAGCUCUCCCCAGGCAUCUGCCCCACCAGUGACAGGUCCAAGGAGGUGUCAUCCUGUCAGGAAAAGCGGGGACCGCAGGGAUUUCAGAGAGUGGCAGGUCUCCUUACUCAGAAACUGACUUAUGAAAAUGGGUUGUUAAAAAUGAACUACACUGGGGGGGACACUUGCCAUAAGGUGUACCAGCGCUCUACAACCAUCUAUUUCUACUGCGACCGCAGCACCCAGAAGCCAGUAUUUCUAAAGGAGACCUCAGAUUGUUCCUACUUGUUUGAAUGGCGAACACAGUAUGCCUGCCCACCUUUCCAAGUGACCGAAUGUUCAUUCAAAGACACAGCGGGAAAUCCCUUCGACCUCUCAUCCCUGUCAAGGUACAGUGACAACUGGGAAGCCAUCACCAGGACAGGGGCCACCGAGCACUACCUCAUCAACGUUUGCAAGUCUCUGUCUCCACAGGGUGGCACUGAGCCCUGCCCUCCUGAGGCGGCGGUGUGUCUGCUGAAUGGCUCCAAGCCCUUGAACCUGGGCCAGGUGAGGGAUGGGCCGCAGUGGAGAGAUGGCAUAACCAUCCUGAAGUACGUUGACGGCGACUCGUGUCCAGACCAGAUUCGGAAAAGGUCGACCACCAUCCGAUUCACCUGCAGCGAGACCCAAACGAACUCCAGGCCCAUGUUCAUCAGUGCCGUGGAGGAUUGUGAGUACACCUUCUCCUGGCCCACGGCCGCUGCUUGUCCUGUGAAGAGCAACGUGCAUGACGACUGCCAGGUCACCAACCCUAGCACAGGACACCUGUUCGAUCUGACUUCCUUAAGUGGCAGAACUGGGUUCACGGCUGCGUACAGCGAGAAGGGGCUCGUCUUCAUGAGCAUCUGCGAGGAGAAUGAGAACUGCUCUCCCGGAGUGGGGGCCUGCUUCGGACAGACCCGGAUCAGUGUGGGCAAGGCCAACAAGAGGCUGACCUACGUGGAUCAGGUCUUGCAGCUGGUCUAUGAGGACGGCUCCCCUUGUCCCUCCAAAUCGGGCCUGAGCUACAAGAGUGUCAUCAGCUUUGUGUGCAGGCCCGAGGCCAGGCCGACCAACAGGCCCAUGCUCAUCUCACUCGACAAGCAGACCUGCACUCUCUUCUUCUCGUGGCACACACCUCUGGCCUGCGAACAAGUGACGGAAUGUUCUGUGAGGAAUGGAAGCUCUAUUAUUGACUUGUCCCCUCUCAUCCACCACACCGGUGGUUAUGAAGCAUACGACGAAAGUGAGGACGAUGACUCCGACACCGACCCUGACUUCUACAUCAACAUUUGCCAGCCGCUUAACCCUAUGCAUGGGGUGGCUUGUCCUGCUGGUUCUGCUGUGUGCAAGGUUCCCGUUGAUGGUUCCCCAAUAGAUAUUGGCCGGGUUGCGGGACCUCCAAUACUCAAUCCAGUAGCGAAUGAAAUUUACUUGAAUUUUGAAAGCAGUACACCUUGCUUAGCGGACAAGCAUUUCAACUACACCUCACUUAUCGCAUUUCACUGUAAGAGAGGCGUGAGCAUGGGCACUCCUAAGCUGCUAAGGACCAGCGAGUGCGACUUUGUGUUUGAGUGGGAGACACCGAUCGUCUGUCCUGAUGAAGUGAGGACUGAGGGCUGUGCUCUGACGGACGAGCAGCUGCUCUACAGCUUUAACCUGUCCAGCCUUUCCACGAGCACCUUUAAGGUGACUCGAGACUCGCGCACAUACAGCGUGGGGGUGUGCACCGCGGCGGCUGGGCUGGACCAAGGAGGCUGUAAGGAUGGAGGCGUCUGUCUGCUCUCCAGGAGCAAGGGGGCGUCUUUUGGACGGCUGGCAUCUAUGACACUGGAUUACAGGCACCAGGAUGAAGCAGUCAUUUUAAGUUACAUGAAUGGUGAUAGUUGCCCUCCAGAAACCGAUGCAGGUGACCCCUGUGUCUUUCCCUUCAUAUUCAACGGGAAGAGCUACGAGGAGUGUGUGGUGGAGGGAAGAGCAAAGCUGUGGUGCAGCACAACCGCCAACUAUGACAGAGACCACGAGUGGGGCUUUUGCAGACACUCAAACAGCCACCGGAUGUCUACUAUUAUAUUUAAGUGCGACGAAGAUGAGGACAUUGGAAGGCCACAAGUCUUCAAUGAAGUUCGUGGGUGCGAGGUAACGUUUGAGUGGAAGACGAAAGUUGUCUGCCCUCCAAAGAAGAUGGAGUGCAAGUUCAUUCAGAAGCACAAGACCUACGACUUGCGGCUGCUGUCCUCUCUCACGGGGUCCUGGACCUUCGUCCAUGAAGGAGACUCGUACUAUAUAAACUUAUGUCAGAAAAUAUAUAAAGGGCCCCCUGACUGCCCUGAAAGAGCCAGCAUAUGCAAAAGGAGCGCAUCUGGUGACGUACAGGUCUUGGGACUUGUCCACACGCAGAAGCUGGAUGUCAUAGAUGACAGAGUUGUUGUCACUUACUCAAAAGGGUAUCCAUGUGGUGGGAAUAAGAUUGCCUCCUCCGUGAUAGAACUGACCUGCGCAAAGACGGUGGGCUCACCCGCAUUCGAGAGGUUUGACAUCGAUAGCUGCACGUACUACUUCAGCUGGGACUCCCGGGCCGCCUGCGCUGUGAAGCCUCAGGAGGUGCAGAUGGUGAACGGAACCAUCACCAACCCUAUAAAUGGCAAGAGCGUCAGCCUUGGGGAUAUUUAUUUUAAGCUAUUCCACGCCUCUGGGGAUAUAAGAACCAACGGGGACAGCUACCUGUAUGAAAUCCAGCUUUCCUCCAUUACAAAAUCCACAAACCCCGCGUGCUCUGGAGCCAGUAUAUGCCAGGUUAAGCCUAACGAUCAACGCUUUAGUAGGAAAGUUGGAACUUCCGAUAAAACCAAGUACUACUUUCAAGAUGGUGACCUUGAUGUCGUGUUUAGCUCCUCCUCUAAGUGUGGAAAAGAUAAAACCAAGUCUGUCUCUUCCACCAUCUUUUUCCACUGCGACCCUCUGGUGAAGGACGGGAUCCCCGAAUUCAGUCAUGAGACCGCCGACUGCCAGUACCUCUUCUCUUGGUACACCUCGGUCGUGUGUCCUCUGGGGGUGGGCUUUGACAGCGAGAAGGCUGAUGGAGGUGGGCAGGAGCACCAGGGGCUCUCGGAGAGGAGCCAGGCCGUCGGGGCUGUCCUCAGCCUGCUGCUGGUGGCCCUCGUGGGCUGUCUGCUGGCCCUGCUGCUCUACAAGAAGGAGAGGAGGGAGACAGUGAUGACUAAGCUAACCAAUUGCUGCAGAAGAAGUUCAAACGUGUCCUACAAAUACUCGAAGGUAAACAAGGAAGAAGAGACUGAGGAGAACGAGACGGAGUGGCUGAUGGAGGAAGUCCAGCCGCCCGCGCCGAUGCUGGCGAAGGAGGGGCAGGAGAACGGCCACAUCACCACCAAGUCCGUGCAGGCCGAGGCCCUCAGCUCCCUGCACGGGGAUGACCAGGACAGCGAGGAUGAGGUUCUGACCAUCCCAGAGGUGAAGGUUUACCCGGGCCGAGGAGCUGGGGCAGACAGCUCGCACCCGGGCACAACCCCCCCACGGAAGGCCCCGAGGGAGCGGGAGGACGGGAGGUCGGGGCUGGUCAGAGGGGAGAAGGGGAGGAGAGGGAAGCCCAGGCCUGGACAGCCGAAGACCAGGAGCUCCACCCAGCUGGUGUCCUUCCACGAUGACAGCGACGAGGACCUCCUGCACAUCUAACUCCGCAGUGCCUGCCGGAGAGCGUGGAACGGUGGGACAGCCAAGCACCUCCAACCAAAUAAGACUUCAACUCGACAAUGCUUCUAUAAUUUUGCCUUUAACAAAAACUGUUUCAAAAGGGAAGAGUUUUUGUGAUGGGGGAGAGGGGGAGGGAGGCCCGGCGCCGCUCCUUCCCGAUUGUUUACAGUCAUUGGAAUACGGCAUUGCUCAAAUGGCCAAAGGGCGGCACCUCGUGCCCAGGGUUUUGCCCGAGUCCUCGUGUAAGGCGUCGCUGCGUGCGCCCCUUGCCGCGGAGGGCUAUGUGCAAAACAACCCUUGCUGCUUUAGGCCCUGUAGGGUAUUUGACCAUUAUAUUUUAGCAUUUUAAUUCUCUCCCCUAUUUAUUGACUUUGACAAUUACUCAGGUUUGCAAAAAAGGAAAAAAAAGAAAACAGCAGCAGUUUCUUCUUGCGGCAGGGGGUGACGCGCCGGUUCAUCUGCUGCAAGGAGGGGAAGCUGUCGUGGGCUGGGGCAGCUGCUCACGGAAUCUUAAACUGGCAUUCGCGUGUCCCCUGGGUUGGAGUACUCCAUCUGUCUUUUCUUUUUUGCUUUCCGUUUCUUAAGGGCACACGUGUGUGCACACACACAUGCGCGUGCACAGGGUCUCUGAGUGCCUAGGUUUUGGAGGGUUCACCUGUUCUAUGCCUUUAGUCAGGAACGGCUGCAGCUUCUUGCAUGACGCCUUCAAUCCUAGGUGGACAGAGCACAUUUGUCAGUAUUUCUUUAGCUGGCUGGUACAUUCAAACAACCCACCCAAAGAUUGAUUUUUGUGUGUGUGUGAGUUGAGUUGAGGUGUCAGAGAAAAUAACUGUUUUCUAGAUAGGGGGUGUAGGGUCUCAUCUCUUCAGGUUCUCAUGAUACCACCUUUACUGUGCUUAUUUUUUUUUUUAAGAAAAAAGUGUUUAUCAACUAUUCGACCUAUAAGAAGCCUUAAUUUGCACAGCGUGUGACUUACGGGAAGUGCAUGAGUAAUGGCGGGCCAGGGUCUCACCCGUGGCGGUGCACAUGGGUCAAGCUCAAGGGAGGCCGAGGUUGUGACUCAUAGUGUCGCAGUAUGAAGGGCAGCCCCGGGGUCUCCCACGGCUGCCAACUCCUUUCUUGAAGUGUUUAAUGGAUGACUUUUCUCGCAUUAUAGAAUUGUAUAUAGGCUCAGUGGUAUUCAUAUACUGAAAAGCGAACCACCUAUGAGAAUUCCUUGAUUUGUACCUGGUUUGCCUGGCUUAUUUGAUUUCAACAUGAAGUGUAUUUUUUAAAAUUGAUUUUUCUCUUCAUUUUUUUCAAUCAACUUUACUGUAAUAUAAAGUAUUCAACAAUUUCAAUAAAAGAUAAAUUAUUAA